GGCCCGGCCUCCCGGCUCCGGGCCGCCCGCCGCCCGCCAGCACUGAGCUCCCGACAACUGGUAGUCGUCGUUUCUCCUCACAGCCCAUCCGCCUCCGUGGACAUGACCGCCUUCCACCCUCGCCUCUGCCUCUGCCUCCUCUUCGCCGUCCACCUGCCCGCUCUGACCAACCCCGUGGCCGUACCCCAGAGCGUUGAGAGACUAUGUGCCUUCCGAGAUUCGUACCCCCGAACCGAGGAGCAUGGCAUCAGCGAAAACCGCAUCAACCGGGAUAAUGGCUCGGUGCUGUGUGUUACGGGGAGUCAAUGCUACGGACUGUGGGAGACGAGAGAUGGGGGAGUCCACAUGAUGAAACAAGGAUGCUGGGCUCACGUCGGCGUCAAGGAGGAAUGCUACUCCCCAGAGUGCGUGGUGACCAACCACAGACAGAACGGGACUUUCCGCUUCUGUUGCUGCAGCACCGACAUGUGCAACCUCAACUUCACCGAGAACUUCAGCCCUCUGCCCAGUCCCACCGGACCUGUGGCUUCCGAUACGUGGAGAGUGUACUACAAGGAGGAGACCAUCGUGAUCGCUUUGGCCUCUGUGUCAGUUGUAGCUGUUCUCAUCGCAGCAUUCUUCUUCGGGUACAGAAUGCUUGCAGGAGAUAGGAAGCACGGGCUGCACAACAUGAACAUGAUGGAGGCUGCUCACUCCGAACCUUCCUUGGACCUGGACAGCCUCAAGUUGCUUGAGGUGAUUGGUCGGGGCCGGUAUGGAUCAGUCUACAAGGGGUCACUGGAUGAACGACCGGUGGCGGUGAAAAUCUUCAGUGCCUCAAACCGGCAGAACUACAUGAACGAGAGAGAUAUAUACAGACUUCCGCUGAUGGAACACGAGAACAUCGCUCGCUUUAUCGUGGGAGAGGAAAGGAUGUCGGCUGAUGGCAGGACCGAGUACCUCCUAGUGAUGGAGCACUAUCCCAGUGGUUCCCUGUGCAAGUACCUGAGCCUACACACCAAUGACUGGGUGAGCUCCUGUAGACUGGCACAUGCUGUCACCAAAGGCCUUGCCCACCUGCACACAGAAUUACUCCGAAAUGAUCAGUACAAGCCUGCCAUCACACACCGGGACCUGAACAGCAGGAAUGUGCUUGUGAAGAACGACGGGACAUGUGCCAUCAGCGACUUUGGUUUGUCCAUGAAGCUAACGGGGAACAGACUGGUCCGUCCUGGAGAGGAGGACACCGCAGCCAUCAGUGAGGUCGGCACAAUCCGUUACAUGGCACCAGAGGUGCUGGAGGGAGCGGUGAACCUGAGGGAUUGUGAGUCUGCACUGAAGCAGGUGGACAUGUACUCACUGGGCCUCAUCUACUGGGAAACCUUCAUGAGAUGCACCGAUCUCUUCCCGGGGGAGUCAGUGCCUGACUACCAGAUGGCAUUCCAGGCAGAGGUGGGCAACCAUCCCAGCUUCGAGGAUAUGCAGGGGCUGGUCUCCAGAGAGAAGCAGAGACCCAAGUUCCCUGAGGCAUGGAAGGAGAACAGUCUGGCCGUGCGGUCACUAAAGGAGACAAUGGAGGACUGUUGGGACCAGGAUGCCGAGGCCCGGCUGACAGCACAGUGUGCAGAGGAGAGAAUGGCGGAUCUCAUGAUCAUAUGGGACAGGAACAAGCCUGUGAGUCCCACGGUCAAUCCCAUGUCACAGUUUACAACUGCAAUGCAGAAUGAACGGAACCUGUCUCACAGCCGCCGGGUGCCUAAAGUGGGGCCUUACCCUGACUACUCCACUUCCUCGUACAUUGAGGACCCGGUCCACCACACAGAUGGGCUGGUGAAGAAUCUCUCGACUGAGACCUCGGUGUCGGGCACGUCCUCUAACGGCAGCGAGAAAAACCGCAAUUCUAUCAACUAUGAGCGGCAACAGGCGCAAGCCCGGGUGCCGAGCCCCGAGACCAGCGUGACCAGCCUGUCAGGCACCACCAACACGGCUGGCCUGACGCCCAGCACUGCCAUGUCCACCAUCUCCGAGGCACCGUACCCUCAGGAGGGCGAGGGGCAGCCCACCCCCGGGUGUCUGCAGUUGACCGAGGAGGAUCUGGAGACCAACAAACUGGACCCCAAGGAGGUGGACAAGAACCUGAAGGAGAGCUCGGAUGAGAACCUGAUGGAACAUUCCAUGAAACAGUUCAGUGUCUCUGACCCCCUCGGUGGUACCAAACCCGGGCUCCUGUACCCACUGAUCAAGCUGGCAGCUGAGGUGACCGGACAGCCAGACGUGUCUCAGCCAGGCUCGGUCCAGGCCUGCCCGCUAACUGACCUGCCACCUGCCCCCGCUCACCUCUACCCACUGCCCAAGCAGCAGAACCUGCCCAAGAGACCCACCAGCCUACCCCUUGGCCCCAAGGAGCCCCGGCUCAAGUUCGGCAGCAGCAAACAUAAGUCCAACCUGAAGCAGGUGGAAACAGGUGUAGCGAAGCUGAACGCCGUCACUGCGGGUGAGCCUCAGGUAGUGACGGUCACUGUCAAUGGGGUAGUGGGCAGGGGGCAUGGUGCCCGCCCUCGCGCUCACCCACAGUACACCAAUGGCUCGGUGCCUGGAGUCCAGCCGGCAGCACCCAGAGCUCAGGAGCUCCUGCGGUCACAACUGAGCGGAGACGAUAGCCGUAUGAAUAUCAACAUUAACCCCAGCCCUGACGAGCAUGAGCCGCUGCUGAGGAGAGAACAGAGGCCAACCCGGGACCAGGGGCUGAUGGAGCGACUGACAGACUCCACCAGAGUCAACUCCAAUAACAACAACAACAGUGGCCAGCGGGGGGCCGCGAGCGAGGGGCCAGACACCUCCGGGACAGACAUCCAUCCUCAGCCCCUGGCUCCAGCACAUCACCAGCCCAGGAGAGCACAGCGGCCCAAUUCCCUGGACCUCUCGUCGGCCAGCACUCCGGAUGGCUGCACUCUGCAAUGUGAGACAGCAGCACGGGAGAGCAAGCCAGCGCCGGGGGACAAGAUAAAGAAACGAGUCAAAACGCCCUACUCCCUGAAGAGAUGGCGGCCCUCCACGUGGGUCAUCUCCACCGAAGCCAUCGACGGAGAAGUGAACAACAACGGGGCCACUCGCUGCAAAUCCAGCACUGCUGUCUACAUGGUGGGCAGCAACACCACCAUCGCCACAGCUCCCCUCCCCCGGGAAACGGGACUGAACUGCCUGUGAAUUCGUUUUGAUCACCUCCUCCCAUCCCCUUCUUCCUGCUGAUAACUCUUCCUCCGUUCCGUUGUGAAAGAGAAUUGAAACUGAACGGCCUUUUAAACCACGGCCCCCCCCAUCCUCGCUCCCCCCCACCCUCCCAUC